AUGGCAUUCGCCCGCGCUCUUGGUGUGAUUCAAUCUGUCAGUCGAGGUUCGGGCAUCGGUGAGCAGAGUGAGCUUUACGAUCGUGGCCAAACAUUUAGCAUUAACGGAAACAAUUAUCGAGUAGAAAAUGUCAUUGCAAAAGGUGGAUUUGGUACGGUAUUCCUGGCUACAAAUAACAAAGGAAAGCAAGUCGCCGUGAAGAUCAUGUUGAGUCACGAUGCAGCUGCUACAAAAGAUAUUGACAAUGAGAUUGAGAUGAUGAAAAAGCUACAACACGAGAACAUUAUUCAACUGUUCGAUGCGUCAAGUGAAGCCAGGAACUCAAAUCGAUCUGUCAAAGAGUACAAAAUCUCUAUGGAGUACUGCAGAUUUUCCAUAGCAGACGUCUUGAUGAAGUACAAAGAAGUGGCCGUUGACUUUGUCGUCCGCAUUAUUUAUUUUACUACUCGAGCCUUGGUCUACUUGCACUCUAAUGGAGUUAUCCACCGGGAUAUAAAAGCAGAAAAUCUUCUCAUCAACGGAAAUGGCAAACUAAAAUUGUGCGAUUUCGGAAGUGCAACGACUAAAUCGAUUGAAAUGGCACCACUUUCAAAUUCAGAGAGACUAGCUGUUCAAGAAGAGAUGUUCAAGUACACGACGCCUAUCACCAGGUCUCCGGAAGUAUGUGAUGUCUACUCAAACUGGCCAAUCGGGAAACAACAAGACAAUUGGGCAAUGGGUUGUCUGAUAUACUUUGUCUGUUUUGGAGAGCAUCCGUUUGAUGGAGGAGCUCUGGCAAUUAUCAAUGGAAAGUACAAAAAGCCUCCGCCAGUACAGCAGAACCAACUUUCUGCAUUCGCUGACCUCAUCACAAAAUGCCUCACUCCAAAUCCAGACGAAAGAAUUACGGCUGAGAAAAUCGAAGAAUACAUGAAAAUCGCAAUGCAAAAACAACCCAAACUUGCUGCAAAAACUGAUUUCACGGACAUCUUAGAGUUGAUGAAUGCCCAACCCGUACAGCAUGAACAAACUAUUGAAUCACAAGCGGCUAAAGGAUUCUUUACAAUGCAGGACAAGUUAUUCUCCAAUCUCACUUCAUUGAAGAAUACUGUUGUUCAACAAACGACAAAAAUGGGAUGGGGUAUCGAACCAACAACUACCACUCCUCGUCCUGGUCAUCCUUCAACUUCUCCCAAAAUGGUGCCAAAGGCUCAACGACAGCAACCAUCAGAGAGAGAAGCUCCAUCCCAAAGGACAUCCGCUACAAAUACUCCUAGAGCUCCUCUAAAUCAUCCAUCCGGUCCUGUAACUGCACCAGUGGCAACAUUUGAAGCAUCAUGGCCUACAGAUAACGGAAGUUCAGCAUCAGGCCACGAAUGGGGUGAUUUUAAUCAAGCACCGCCAGCUGCUCCUAAGAAAAAAGAAGUUUUCGACCCAUUUGCGGAAUCAGGAUCACAUACUUUGGAUGCAAAACAUAGUGAUGAUUUGCUGUCUUUACAGAAUUGGCCCGGAACUACUCAUCAUAAAACAGAAGUUCGAUCACAGUCUUCCCGUGAUCUGUUCGACUUCGAUGAUCUGAUGCUAAGACACACAACACCCACAACUUCGUCUUCACAAUCUGUAUUACAACCAACACGCCAAAUGGAGAAUAAGAACUUGACCAAAGUCGAUUCAUCGAAAAAUGGAAUCAAUUCGUCAUCGUCUUCUGCGAGUCUCGACGACAUGGUUAGCGAUAUGUUGAAGAUGUCUACCAAGAAAUAA